UGAAAUCCAGAUUAAACCUUGUCAUUUCGACAUUUGCCCUCUCAUGAUGCAUCUUGUGUCUUCGCUGGUGUUGCUGUAUGCUGCGUCCACGGCCACCGCCGCCCGCAAGACGCACACGGCGUUCACGCGACCUAUUCCUCUGCCCCAGGGCGGCGUCAGCAACGACUUCCACAUCCUCCCCAUCCCCGACGGCCCCAUCGCCGUGUACCGCUUUGCGGCCGAGAUCGUCGAGAUCCUCGCCAACGGCACCGUGGUGCCGACCCCCAACUACGACGCGUACCUGCACCACCACGUCGUGGGGUCCCGCCACUCGUCGUACAAGUCCAAGCAGUCGACGUGGACCCCCAUGAAGAACGCCGAGCGCAUGUACGCUGGCGUCGGCUUUGGUGCGGGCACCGAGUCGCGCGGGACGCCACAAGAGUUCCAGUACCCGUAUGCGUUUGUGACGUCCAAAGGGGAGAACGAGUGGAUCGCGAACGUCCACAUCAUCAACACGCGGCGGCUGGAGCCGGACCUCGCGCACCGCUGCCUCGAGUGUCCGUGCACGUCGAGUGACCUCAUGGGCAACGGCACAGUCAACGGGUACGAGCUAGGCCUGGUGUGCAAUGCGCAGCUGCUGCACGAGAAGAACUCGGCGUGCUUUGCCGACACGUACUCUGGCGGGCUUCGCUGCUGCAACGACAAGGAGCUGUGCCUGGAACCGACCGAGCUCAACGCGACCGACACCGUCUCGACCUACUACAUGCAGUACACGUUCGAGUACGACGACGUUGUGACUGGAGACCACCGGCCGCUGUACCUGGCGGCGUGCUGCGACGCGUCCGGCGACCUCGCGUACCACGGCGCGGUCGAGUACGACAUCCCCGUUUGCAUUCCGGACGAGAACCCCGGGUGCACACACACGCUGUCGACGCGGCAGCACCUGGGGCGCGCCGGCGGGGCGUUUGGGUUUGGCGAAGACUACGACAUGACCGACGACGCGGACGUGGAGGUGGUGUACGUGGUGGGCCACCAGCACCGCGGCGGCCUGGGCAUCCAGCUGUUUGACGACGCGACCGAUGAGUUGCUGUGCAACUCGUUCCCGACCUACGGCUCUGGACAUGUGGCCGGCAACGAAUCGGGCUACGUCAUCGCCAUGGCCACGUGCACGUUCGACCCGCCCCGCCGCAUGCGCAGCUCCGCUAUCGUGCGCGUCGUGUCCACGUACAACUCGACGGUGGGCCACACGGGGGUCAUGAGUCUCUUGUACAUUGCGUUGGCCGACUACAAUGCGACCGCGGCCGUGGCUCUAGGAGGUAGUACUAGUGUGGACGGAACUAGUAACUGGGGAGUGGGCCUGGUUGGAGUUGCUGUAGUCGUUGCUGUGGCCGUUGCUGGGGUCGCAUUGGUCGUGUACAAACGUCGCGCUGCAACCCGAGCCGGAUACGACAAAGUCACGGAAGGCACCCCCGUGACGAAUUAACAGCCAGUUGAAUCUACAUGUAUGAAUUCGUUUGUCCACGGAGUGCGAAGUAGAAAUACACUAACGUUAUUGUCGA